CAAAUACGAGGUGCUUUAUUAAAACGUUAGUUUUUAGACAAAACAUGGACGCUAAAUCCUUUGGGUGGUGGGAGGGAAUAAACGACGUUUCUGUGAUGGUAUGACUUGUGAAUUACGUUAACCGCGUAGGGUCGUUUUUUUCUAGUGAAAAGCUGUUAUAGUGGUGAAUACUAUAGUAUAUGAGUUGAUAUAGUAGUGUAUUCUUAUUUGGUGAAUAUAGUGUAUUCUUGACAGGACACGUCUCAUUCAUCCAUCGCACCAGAGGGCGGUCUGCUGCAGGAGUCCGACUCUAUUCAAUAAUAUACACACAAUAAUUAUUUUCCAGAAUAACCUUUUCCUUUAAGUGCAAGCCUAGACAAAAUGGUCCACUAUUUACUGUUUCAAUUAUUUCUAAGAUAUAUUCAAAUGCACGUUUUGCUCUUUGGUUUUUACAAUACUAUAUUCCAUAUACGUGAGAUUAGAGAAGCGUAUAGUGCGAAUUAAAGCACUUUUGGUGAGCUAGGUUUAUGUAGGGGUUGUUUCUAGUUAGCAGCAACGAUGGCUGACUGCAGCACUAGGGUGCUGACUUCUGAUUGGGUACAGAACGCUUACUCAAGUGAAGAUCUUCUGAGUGUGGAUGCUUCUGAGUGUCUACUUGGAGUAUGUGGGGUAGCAGACGAAGAGGAAUCCUCUUCAGCGAGUGUGGAGAAUGGAACCUGGGACCCCUUUGGAAUGGACCAAGUUACGAUGAUCAGAAUAGAGGGCACGCAUCCAGAGUGGUGCCAGGAGGUGAGAGGCGAUGGCGUCGACCACGACACCGACAGGCUGGAGGCAUCGUACGCCCUGCCCUCGGAGGACCAGGGCACACACUUUAUGGGUGAGGGGAUGACAGUGGGAGACUCCAUGGAGGAGCUGGAGGAGCCCCUCGUAGGGUAUGCUGACCUGGCGACGGAGGGGGACAGUUAUGAGUUCCAGUGUCCAACCGCAGAGGAGUCCAAGCCUCCCACAGGCAGGGAACACCUGCGUCGGCCCUUGGCUAAAAAGAACGGAAAGUACGGCGCGCCGUUGCGGCAGAGGCGGCCGGACGCCGACAGCACGGCCUGUGAAGACCUCCAAAGCUCACAGAGCCCGACCAGCGGCGGAGGGAUCGCCAGCGAGGCGCACAGGACGGACCCGAGGACCAAGGCGGUGGUGUGCGGCCUUUGUCCGCCGCCGGGCAAGGUGUUUAAGAACAUGGCGGGCUUCUCCGUGCACCUGAAACAGCUGCACCACAACGGCUUGGGGAAGAGCUUCUUCUGCGGCAUGUGCCAGAAGCACUGCCGUAACCAGCUGGUCCUGGACGACCACGUACGGCGGCACGCCAGCAAGGCGGCCGUCUUCCAGUGCCCCCUGUGCUCCUUCAAGGCCCCCGGCAAGAUCAGGAAGAGAGGGGUCAAGGGUCGCUUCGGGAUCAGGGUCCACUUUGAGAAGGAGCACCCGGGGAUUGUUCCCGAGUGCAAGAUCUGCGAGAAGGACUUCCGGAACUUGGACUCGUACCUGAAGGACCAGGUCAGGCACAUCGGGGUCACUCCGUUCUACUGCCCCGAGUGCCAGAUCUACGAGAUGACAGAGAGGGGCCUGCUGGUGCAUAUGAGGAACCACAACAAGGAGAAGGGGCGUGGGCAGGGGGAGAGGGAGGAGGUGGGAGAGGAAUCCCCCACAGGGGGCUUAGACUGUUACUGACAUUACAAUGUGAUGUUAGUGAGUCCCUCAGACCCAGGACAGACGCCAGGAGAUAUGCUCUGACAUCAUCUGUCCCAAUAGUAGGGCUGAACGAUUAAUCGAAUCGAGGAACUUAAUAAAUUAUAAAAAUCACACAUUAAAUCGCAAUCGCAAUAUUGGUACAAAUAAUUGCAAUUCGAUUAUUUCCCCAAAUCGUUCAGCCCCACCCAAUAGCCUUACAAAAGUGACUUUUCACUUUGGAGUUUGCACUAUUAUUUAUUUACUGUCUUACAUACCUACCUACACACUUACUAUGUAUGUACUUAGUACAUACGUAAAAACAUACGUCCUAAUGCAACUGGUUCGGGCAAAUAAUGGUCCAUCAGUCAGCUGAAGCCAUAUCUUAAGGACAUACAUUUUGCACCUUUUAUUUUAUUUCAUUUCAUCCUUUGUGUUGGCCCCUCAAAUAAGCUUUGUUCCUAAUUGCUUUAGGUCUUUGGUUUUGUGGCGUCAAUGAUGCAGUCUGAGUGUUUUCAAUGGAGAUGUCCAUUACUGUUUGACCAGCUCAAGUUUAUUGACCAGUUGAUGUUUUUUCCACUCAGUUCUGUUGAGUGGUUUGGUUUUGUAAUUGUAACUUAUGGCGGUUGCCUGGUCGGUUUUCUAUGCCGGUUCAUGUUUUUGAUAUGGGUUUGUACCUUCCAUUUAUUUUUCUUUAAGAUAGCACUUUGACUUUAGCACAUCACACUACAACGUUUUGUAAUGUAGUAUUGACAAUUUGGCCCUAAAACUAAAAUGAUAUUAUUGUUCAGCCCUAAUAUGACUGGACCAAGAAAGGGUGUACCGGAUGCAAGAGUUCAUCGUUCAAUUUCCAAGCUUAAAGCUAAUGGGAAUUGAACUUCUAAGUCGGGCAGGUGGAGACGAUGUAGGGAUUUAAUGUUGCCUUUUUCCCCUUAAGCUUCAUUGUACACAGCCCCUCAAACUUAAAAUAAUGUUUUUUUGUCCUUUGUCAUUUUGCACCUUUGAAGCCUUAAUAAAGGUUUUUUCAUAUUUAACUACAUAUAAAUAGUUCUGAAUGAUGAGAAGAAAUGACUUGACCAAUUAUACAUUUAUCAACUUCCUUCAGUGGUUAUCCGAAAUUAGAUUUUCUGCCCAUUAUUAGCAUUCCACAUCCUUCUCCCACAAUAAUCACUUGAUAAAAUCGGUUAAUGCAUUAUUAUAACAUUAAUAACAGAACACCAUUCAGUGUUGGCGCAGUGGAGGCUUGCUUGGGUCUUUCUCUUUUCUGGCCAGGUGGGAAAUCCUGGUUCCUGCUCAGGUCAUUCGGUGACGGCCAGAACAAUGGUAAUAUAAAAGCACUUGAAAACAAACUAUAUUUAUUGAUUUGUUCCUUGGAACCCAGGUUUAAUGAAAAGGAAAAACAACUCCAAAACAACAUUUGAAGUGAAAAUUCAGAAGCACUCCUUGUAAGUGUGGGCCCUUUCAAGGCACAAGAUAUUUGAAAUUGAAUAAGCUGGUCAAUAAAACAACAUUUCCUAUUUUUUGUCAAAGACCUUUUUUUAUUUUCAAUACAAAGUCUGACUCUCACUGCAGAUAUAAAAAUGGAGAGUUCGACUAGCAGCAGGGCUAAAUAAAAUACACAAAGUGGUGUGUGAACCUCUGGAGGUCAAAUGAGCGAUGUAGGGGAACACAAGUUAGCCCCAAAGGGAGAAAAAGAAAUUCCUCUAUUCAUAGUCAACGAGAAAGAAAAAAAUCAUUCAACAAUCAUUACUUACACUCCUUCCCCAAAUAUGUACACUAAAUGAUGAUUGAGGUGAAGAUGCUAUGCACAUUAUAUACCCUAUUAUUUAUAUAUAUUUAUAAAAUAAAUUUGCAAAGAAAUUUUAUUUUUUUUGUUUUUCUCCCAUGUUAUACAGAUACAUCCCUUUAUGUUACCAAACAUUCAAAUGACUUACAGAGAGUGAGCGAGGCUUGAGAUUACCACAGCAUUAGGUUUGAUGCAUUUUAUCUAACCAAUAAGCUUAGCUAUUAAGCAGGAGGGAGUUCUUGAAGUCCAAGACAUAGUUGGGUCUUCGCUAACCGGAUCUAGGUUGGCAUGAGCCAUGGAUUGAUUGUCUGCUCAGAAUACAAUGGCUGCUAUGUCUCAGACUGUGGGAGCUUUGCCCAGUAGCAUAGGCACAGACAGGUCCAGGACUGGGUUACAGUAAUGGUAGAUUAAACGUGGUAAGGCUGGCAUAAUUCUGUGAUUUCGUUAUUGCUACAAAUCACCUGUGGAAACGACCCCAGAACUGCAAUGUUUUGAUGCUGCGUACAAGGACUGUGUUUACGGUAAGUGCCAUAGACUUCCACUGUGGUCUACAAACACAUUGAAACAUAUAACAUAGCCUCACUGUCAACAUAGGUCACAGCUGUUUGGAGUGCCCUUGAGCAAGAUCCUGAAUCCCACAGUCGUUUUAAGGGAGGUCCCUUUGUCCUAUGGUCUACUGACCAGUGUAGGGAUGUGCGUGAAAUGUGGAUUUUUCCCUCAGGGUUUACCUACAACAUUCAAGUCAUUCUAAUUAGUUAGUGGGUCAACUAUAAGUGGACUCCUGUCUCCUGCUAAUCAAGUCGAUAAGCUUUAUAGCUAUUUGAUGAUGAUGAUGAUGAUGAUGAUACCUUAAGGACCCAUCACUGCUACACAUUCAGCUGUUUGACAGACAGGAGUUUGGAAGGUUACAACUUAGCGGGAGAUUGCAACGAGAGGAAUUUCAACAUCAUUCCUAAUACCAACAGGAACACCAUACAACGUGCAACAGCAUGUGCCUUAAAACAAAUUCAUAAUCCUAGAGAGAGCGCCACACAGUGUACUCCUGCAGUCACACACACACACA